AUGAUCUUGACUUCACAUGUUCCGGUCUACACACAAUUUCUUAUAAAUCUCCAUAGCAUUUCCCGUAUCAGUAGCAAAGCAAAAGAAGAAGUUUCCCGUCUAAUGGAAGAGGGAGACAAUAGAAAAACUGCUCCGGCGGCCAUGGAGGCCGAUGAGGAGGAGAAGAUGGAGAAGUUCUACGCCUUGGUUAGUAAUCUAAAAGCACUGAGAGGUGGUGUAUGUAAGAGUGAAUUAGCUCCAAGGAAGAGGAUGAGAAGUGAGAGCUUGCUCUGGAAGCCAACUUUCCGAUGGGAGGACUUCGCCGGAGGGAGCGAUGGUUUGUGCUCCACGGCGAGAUAUGAAGAAUGUGGCCGGAAGAAGAGGAGGAAGGAAGUGGAGGGAGGAGGAGAGGUGGAAAGCGUUUUUGAUCUGAAGCUUGGUUUGUGAUUUUAGUGUGUUUAUAAAUGAUGAAUGAGUGAUGCUUCGUUGGUAAAUUAGUAUCCAAUUUUGCAAUUUGCAGGAAAAUGGAUUUGUUAUCAUAAUUAUUUGUGGUUUG